GUGAAGAAUUGAAAAAAAAAAAAAGGAAUUUAAAGUAAUCUGAAUGGAGGUGGCAAUUAUAAUCCGGAAGGAGGAGGAUGAGGGAGAAGAGAGUGAGAAAGCAAUUUUGACAACGGUGGUGGUGGGGAGGAGAGAGAAAGACGCGGUAGUUAAAGGAGAGAGAAAGAACUAGUGGUUAAAGGGGAUUCGGCUGGGUUUGUGGUGGGGGUGACGGAAAUUGAGGUGGGUGGGGAUUUGGGGCCGGAUUCGAGGUGUUUGUUGUGGGUUGUAGUGAUGUUGUUGGUGGGUAAGUGGGAGGGGAGGUAAGGUGGUAGUGAAGGAGGUGGUCAUGGACAAAGAGAGAGGAGGGAGAAAGAAGUGGUGGGGGUGGUUUUUUUUUUUAUAAAAAAAGAAAAAAACUUGUAAAUUAAAAAAUAAACCAAUAAGAAAAUAACACGUAGGUAAGGUAACCGGUUAUACCGGCUUGGUAAUAUGUUGGGUUCGAUAUGGGAAGAUGGGUUCAAAGGUUUGAAUUAUUCUAGAAUAAUCCAAAAGUUGAUUAUGGGAAAAUGGAGAAAAAAUUGGAUUAUUUAAAGUAAUCAAUAGAACAUCCCAGGUGACUGACGUUCUACAUUACACGAGGGUCCCCCUGCAAAAGGAAGUGCUACAAAACCCUCUGUAAUAUUUCCCUCUCUAUUUCUCUCUCCUACUUCUUCAGCUUCAAUCUUUAACUACUUCGUCUUCUUCACCGAUCAUCUUAGGGUUUCAGAAUUUCUCUCUCCUCGACUAUGGAUUCCUUCCCCUUUCAUGACGGCAACAUUUCCAGUUUCAUUGACAGCCGUAAUAUCGACUUCCGCCAUGAUGUCAAGCAUACUUUACAAAUGCACUCGUCCAUGGUGCGGAGGCUAUCAUUGGAAAGGGAAAUGGAGGGACACACAGGUUGUGUAAAUACUAUUGCAUGGAACUCAACAGGUUCACUCUUGAUAUCUGGAUCAGAUGACACCCAGAUUAAUAUAUGGAGAUACUCUGAUCGUAAGCUUUUGAACUGCAUUGAUACGGGGCAUUCUACCAACAUAUUCUGUACAAAAUUUAUACCUGAGACUUCUGAUGAGAAAGUGGCGUCUGGGGCUGGUGAUGCUGAGGUCCGUGUGUUCAAUAUCUCUUAUUUAAGUGGAGGAAGGGUUGAAGAGACUGCCAUGACCCCAUACGCUCAUUUUCAGUGUCAUACUAAGAGAGUAAAAAAGUUAGCGGUUGAGGUUGGAAACCCAAAUGUGAUCUGGAGUGCCAGUGAAGAUGGAACCUUGAGGCAACAUGAUCUUCGUGAGGGUUGUUCAUGUCCUCCCGCUGGAUCUUCCAAUCAAGAAUGCCGCAGUGUACUACUUGACUUGCGAGGUGCUGCAAAAAGGUCCUUGGCUGAACCUCCUAAACACCCACUUCAAUUAAAGUCUUGUGAUAUCAGUGUGACAAAGCCACAUCUGCUUCUUGUCGGAGGAAGUGAUGCAUUUGCUCGUUUGUAUGAUAGAAGGAUGCUGCCUCCAAUGUCUUCCUGCCGGAGAAAAAAUUCACCACCUCCUUGUGUUAACUAUUUUUGCCCAAUUCAUCUCUCUGAGAGGGGACGAUCAAGCUUGCAUUUAACUCAUGUUACAUUUAGUCCUAAUGGCGAAGAAGUUCUUACAAGUUAUAGUGGAGAGCAUGUCUACUUGAUGGACCUGAAGCAAGGCGGUGUAAAUUCUAUGCAGUACACAUGUGGAGAUGUUUCAAAGCAUUGGAGCUUUUCCCCUGCUCUUGAUGGAGUAGAAUUUUCACCUGUAGAUGCUGUUGCUUCUAAAAAUAUCUCCUCAGCAAAAAACUAUGAUACUGUGCAGAUAGGCAAGUGCAAAAAACUUAUGGAAUUUGCAAAAACAUGUUUGGAAGAGGGAGCAAAGUAUUAUUAUGGAAUUGAAGCAUGUAAUGAAGUUCUGGAUGGAGGUUAUAAAAUUGAUCGCCAGCUUAAGCAUGAUUGUCUCUGUAUACGUGCUGCCUUGUUUCUUCAGCGGAAGUGGAAAAAUGACGCCCACAUGGCUGUUAGGGAUUUGAAUCAAGCUCAAAAAAUUAAUUCAUCUUCAUUUAAAGCACGUUUCUGCAUGUCUGAAGCUCUAUCUCAGUUGGGAAAGCAUAAAGAAGCUCUAGAUUUUGCUCUUGCAGCUCAGUCUCUGGAUCCCUCAAGAGCCGAAGCGUUGGAUAGGGUAGAAAGUAUACGAAAGGAACUUUCAGCAGCUGAAGUUGAAAAGAAUAAGAAGUUGAAUGAUGUGGGAUCCAAGACUGGACCACGUGCUGGCAGAGUAAUAUCAUUAAGUGACAUACUUUACCGCUCAGAAGCUAAUAGUGAUGCUUCACAAGAUGGUCCUAGAUCUGAUAGAGAAGAUUCUGAUUAUGAUGAAGAACUAGAGUUGGAUUUUGAAACAUCAAUGUCAGGUGAUGAGGGCCGUGAUGCUGAAUCGGUUCAUGGAAGUCUGAAUUUGAGGAUUCAUAGAAAAGCUGGUAGUUCUAAUGGCUCUUGUGGAUCUCCAUCUUCUUCCCAAACUGACAGAACAAGUUAUCAGCCAGAAGCAGUCAUAGAUAUGAAACAGAGAUAUGUUGGUCACUGUAAUGUAGGAACAGACAUAAAACAGGCUAGUUUCUUGGGUCAGAAUGGUGAUUAUAUUGCCAGUGGAAGUGAUGAUGGCAAAUGGUAUAUUUGGGAAAAGAAAACUGGCAGAUUGGUCAAAAUGCUUGUUGGAGAUGAAGCUGUGGUAAAUUGUGUCCAGUGCCAUCCAUUUGAUUCAGUUGUGGCUACUAGCGGAAUUGAUAACACAAUAAAGAUUUGGACUCCGAGUGCUCCCACCCCAUCGGUGGCAGGUGGUUCAGCCAAUCUUGAUACGGAAGGUUCUGAUGCAGCUAAUGUCUUGGAAGCGAUGGAAGGCAAUCAACGCAGAUUAUGCCAGACACGUGAAGCUAUUCUGCCACUUGAGCUGUUGGAGAGGUUUCGCAUGCAUGAUUUUGCCGAAGGAACGCUGCAUCCCUUUGAAUGUGCUCAGAGCUAGUUUCCCUCCAUUUUCAAGGCUAGUCUCUGGUAGAUAUGACUGCAUUUUUGCGCCAUAAGCUUCCCUGCAUCUCAUUAUCCUGUAAAAGUUCUUGAGUAAAUAUCUUUCAGUCACAAUCUGUUACUAGCCAAGUAUCUUCAGCCUGAAGAAUCCGAUGAUAUACGAAGCAUAAUCACCCAUGGGUUUUACUGCAGCUUACUUAGUUGCUUGUAUAUUGUGAAGCACUGAAGCAAGCAUUGUUUCAACAUGUUGCUGGUUUUUUUUUUUUUUUUUUUUUUCACUGAUACGAUUUGCUUUUUUUUUUUUUUUUUUCCUUCCUCCCGUGCUGAGCCGCUGACUGGAGGUCGGAAAGCCAAUACUAAGGUAAAUGGUUGUACUUUGCUGUAUGUAAAUUGUUCAGUAUUAAGCUUGGGCAAAAAGUACAGGCGAUGUUUUUUUUUUUUUUUUUUUUUUUUUUUUUUUUUUUUUUUUUUUUUAGAAAAGGGAUUGGGGGGAAAAAUCAACAUAGGACAUUUGUAUCUUGUAAUAUUAAUUGGGCUCGAUUCAAUUGUGAAGUAAAUAAAUUUCUGCUAUAUUAGUAGGCUGAAAGGUUGGUUGCAUAGGCAAAUUUUUCUAACUCCUUGAAAAA